UGCAGAGAAAGCGUAAGGUGGCCGCUUCUCCCUGGAAAUGCAAAGUCCGGUCCUUGUCUGCUCAGGAGUCUGGCAACCCCUCAGCGGACCCCAUGGCCAACCACAGAUUCAGUUCCGUGUCCGAGGAGGAGAAACCCUGCUGCGGCAUUUCCAGAAAAGCCCAGAUCUGUCUCUGUGUCCUUUUUGUUCUCCUGAUUGUGGUGGGCAUCGCGGUGUCGGUCGGGAUCCUGAUGUGGCGCCAGCCGCCCAAGCACAAGGAGUGGAAGGGGCCGGGCACCACUGCCCAUUUUUACGAGAUCCUCUUGGGACGGUGCUACACGUACACUCAGGUCGUGCGACCUGAGCUGCGACAUACAGACUGCCAAAAGAUAGGGAAGGCAUUCACAAGUGCAUUUCUUUCGAAGGACCCUUGUGGCAGUACAGAACAGGACUAUCGGCCACUAAUGGAACUGACAACUCAAACUGUACCUUGUGACAAGACCCUCUUUUGGAGCAAAUCAAGUGAGCUGGCGCAUGACUACACGUGGGUCCAGCGGGAUAUGUACACCCUGGAGGAUACACUGUUGGGUUACAUGGCGGAUGGCCUCAAGUGGUGUGGAGACUCAGGCUCUUCUGAAAUGAACUAUCAAUCUUGUCCACACUGGAGGGAAGACUGCAGCAAUAACUCUGUUUCCGUAUUCUGGAACACAGUGUCCAAAAGGUUUGCAGAAGAUGCCUGUGGUGUGGUCCAUGUGGUGCUCAAUGGGUCCAUCAGUAACACCUUUGAUGAGAAAAGCACUUUUGGACGUGUGGAAGUCUUUAAUUUGCAUCCAGAGAAGGUUCAUACACUAAAGGCCUGGGUGAUGCAUAACAUCGAAAGUGUCCCCAGUGACUCAUGCUCAAGUUCCUCCUUGAAUAAUCUGAAACAGAUUCUCAAGACAAAGAAUAUUAUAUUUGUCUGCCAGAAUAACUACAGGCCUGUCAGGCUUCUUCAGUGUGUGAAAAAUCCUGAGCACUCAUCUUGCAGAUAAAACUUAUGAGCCAAUCAGCGUGGUCGUUUUGGAUCUUUGAGCCUUGUAUACAUCAGCAUGCAUGACUCAGGAGACACGCUGCUGGGAAGCUGAGGACUUGGGGGGCAUCUUCUGUCAUCCUGCCAACACUAGAGCUGGAAGUAUUUCCCCCAAAGUUUUAAAAUAACUUAUAUUAUUGACAUAGUUUUUAUUUUGAUUUCCUAAUACUCAUGAAAAAAUUAUGGCAUAAAAUUAGAAUGAAAAUUUUAUAUUAAGUUAUUUCAUUUUCAUUUUCAUAGGUGCUUUUAUGUUGUUUAUAUGUUGGUAGCAUCCUUUCUGUGGAGAAUGACCAUACCAAACCUCUCUUAUUGGUGUAGAUUAUUAAGAGAAACGUUUUAAAGAAAUUUUACAUUUCUGAAUGAGUGACCUUGUCUCAGGAUAUAUUUUUGUACCCUUUCUACAAAUAGUUAAAAUAUAAAUGCCAUAGUUAUGGGUCAUGCUGGGGAAAGAAUUCUGUAGGAUAUAAACUACCCAUGUACUUUACCUCCCCCUCUUCCAAUAGUCCUAUGAGGUUGGUACUGUUAUCUCCUGUAUGUUAGAUGAGAAAUGGAAGUUCACAGAGGAUAUGUAAUUUGCCUAAAGUCAUUCAUUUAGUUCAAGGUAGAGGCUGGAUUUCAACUCAGCUCUAUCUGACUCCAAAGUAUAUGUGGUCUCUUUCUAGGCCUGUAAUACCAGCUGACAUGCUUUAUGUUCUCUUCCAAUAAAUGCAUGUUGGAUUAUAUUAAAUAUAAUAGAAUCUGAACUGUGGUUUUUCUGGGUGGCUUCAAAAACAUACUUUUUUUUUCUUUUUCCUCCUCUUUCUCCUCAUGCUCAAUGUCUUACAUAUAUAAUAGGCAGUUAAAAUAUAUAUUUGUUCCUGAUAUUGGCAAUUUGUUUUUCCCUUUUUAUCUUGAGUAGUCUUGCUUGGGGAUUUAUCACUUUUAUUACUCUUUCAAAGAACUAAACUUUAGCUUUGUUUUCUCUUUCUAUUUAAUUGGUUUUUCACUCUUCUCUUUAUUAUUAGGGAUAUAAAAAUUCCUUCUAAUUUCCAUAAGUUUCUUUAUUCGCUUUCUGAAGAUGGAAGCUUAGGUCAUUGACUUUUCAGCACACUUUCUUUUCUUAUAUAUCACUUAGUACUAUAAAUUUUCCUCUUGAGUGCUGCUUCAGCUGCAGAUCUUAAGUUUGGUUUGUCUCUUUUUGUUAUCAUUCAGUUAAAAAUAUUUUCUAAUUUAAUUGUUAUUUAGAAAUGUGUUGCCUGAUUUUCAAAUAUCUGGAGAUUUUCUAAGUGUUUAAAAAAACAGAUUUGUUGAAUGAAGAAUAAACUAAUUUGAAGAUCUUUCAGGAACCCCAUUAGAUGUGUUGAAAACAGUAUAAAUUUUAGAGUCAGAUGUUUUGGGUUCAUAUUUUGGCAUUGCUCUGUUAUCUUGAAUGAAAUACUCUUUGUACUUUGGCUUCCUUGCUACUCAAAUAAGGAUUAUAAUUUACCACCCUGAAGGUGUGUUGAGAUUAAAAGAUGACAACAAUUAAUGGUGCAGCAUGGUGCCUCAUAGGUAAGCGAGCAUUCCACCAAGGUUAGCCCCUUUCUGCUGGUCCCAGGGUGGGUUCCAUCAGGAGCCAUGACAGCUACAGCCACUGUGGGUAGUCCACAGAUUCUUCACUGGUCCCAGUGUCCACACAGGCACAUCCUCACAGGCUUUAGUUUGGGCUGGACAUGAAGAUGGAUACUCAUGACCAGUUCUGAUGAAGACUCAGGCUUGUCCCAGAGUUCAAUGAACUUCAUCUGCAGAAUGUCUUCAGUAAUAGUUCCCUACGAACCCCAUGGGUGACCUGGCUGUUUUCCUGUCUGAACCCUUUCUGCCUUGCUGUUGGGCUUACUUGCUGAUUUCUGAACUCUCUAAUGUAUCUUCCUUCUUCACCAGGAUAUCCCUUGAAGUGUCAGAAAAGUUUUGUUCUUUACAUCCCCUUCCACAGAUAAAACAGAUAGAGUAGCAGUCAGUUUCCAAGAGGCUUUCCCCCAAGAAGACUCAUGUGAGUGUUCAAGUUCAAAGCUGGUAGACACUAAGAGGAUACUGGUCCCAAGGUUUUCACACUGUGUAUCAAGUACCCCAGGGAGCUCUGGGAGUGUCAGGGGGCUGAGGCACUCUUUCCUUGUAUUCCAUUUCUGUAUCUUCAUUCCCAUGAUGACUUCUGUCUCUCUGGAGUUCCAACUUUGGGUAUCUUUGCAUGACCGUGACCAUGACCAUGCAGCCAUCUCUAGCCCUAAGGACUUUCUGGCCUCUGUAUAUAAAUACAUCCUUCAUAUCCCUCUUCUUAUAAGUGACAUCCUCACUGAAUUACUGACUUCUCAUAACCUCAUACUUUACUCAUCAGCCUGCUACUCCCUGUCUCCCCACUCCAUUCCUGUUUGCUCUAGAAUAUGCCCUUACUACCCCAACUGGAAGUCACCAUCAUACUUAACUCAAAGGCUGUGAUCCAGGACCUAAGUUCCCCUAUCUCACUUCCAAAGGCUCACUACUUUCCUUCUGUAGCGGUUCUUAAUCUUAUAGCAUCCAAGAUAUUCAAAUAAGGUUCUGAAAUUUUAGGUUGAAUACUUGAAAGAACACAUAGUUCUUGUUGGAAACAAGCUGAUCCCAUAUCUGCACAAAUUCCUGAUAGGAACAGCAUUGAUUUACUUCCUGGUAUCCCAUUUCUCCUUAAAAUAAUUCCUAAGACUGUGAUUUGAGUUUCUCAGGUAGAAUCCAUACUGCACAGAAGGUUUUUGUUGCUGUUGUUGUUGUUGUUGUUGUUUAGACAAGAAUAAAUAUUACGCAUGGCAAAUUAAAACCAUACGGGGUAAAAUGUUAAACCUAGAAUAUACUAUAACUUUGAAAGGCAUUAUGUGAAUGCUUAACCUAGGGAUUUUUCCCACAGUUUUUAAAAAAUAAUGAAGCAGUUAAUUAAUUUAUACUACUAAGAGCUGUCAUUUUUAACAUAUAUGUUUUUAAACAAUUCAUCAGGAACUCAGUACCUUGGUGUGCUGCCCCCAGAGGCAGUGGUUUGCUGGCUUUCAACUCAUACAAAACACAGAAGACUUUAAACUGGUCCUUGAGAGGGCAUUAAUCCUUGACCACAUAGGUGCACAGUGCCAUUUGCUUUCUGAUCGAAGCACGAGCAAUUCAAAGUAGUAAAAACCAUGGAAUUAAUGCAUAGUGACCCAUUGGCCAAGUUCAUGGCUUCUGUGAAUCUCAAGUUCCAAAUAUACUUAGGCAUGAAUAAAUUACAAAACAAUAAAAGAAUAAUAAAGACUUUGUGGAAUCAUUUUUUUUAAGAACAGUUAUCUCUGCAGAUACCAGAUGAUCUCAUGUAUAUGUGGAAUCUAAAAAAAGUCAGACUCUUAGUAACAUAGAGUAGAAUGGUGAUUGCCAGGGGCUGGAGAGGGUGGAGAACAGGGAGACAAACCUGGUCGGAGGUCCACAUUUUUAUUUAUAGGAGGAAUAUAUUUUGAAUACCUAAUGUGCAGCAUGGUGACAUAGUUACUAAGUCUGUACUGUGUACUUGAAAUUUGCUAAGAGACUAGAUCUUGAGUGUUCAUGUCACACACACACACGACUGUGAGGUGAUGGGUAAGUUAAUUAGCUUAAUUGUGGUAAUUGUUUCACAGUGUAUGUGUAUAUAAAAGCAUCACAUGUGUACCUUAAAUACAAUUUUUUUUUUGUCAAUCAUACCUCAAUAAAGCUGGAAAAAAAAUCCACAGUCACUUCUGGGCUUGAAGAGAGAAUCAAAUAAGCUGGUGAUGCACUGCCAAAGGCCACAGGUCCUCUCAUGCACCCCAUCCCAAGACCAGGGGAGUUGGGCACCUGGAAAAUGGGGUCAUCCUGAGUGUGUCUUAUGGGUGAGGGAGGUGGGAAUAGAUGCCCAAAAGAGUCUGAACUCACAGUGUGUUGAAAAGCCAAAAGUCUUCAUUCACUCCUCUUUAUGUUCUGAGACAUCAAGGAAAGAAUAGUGCUGUUUGCUUUUCAGCAAGAAUCUAAGCUUUGAGAAAUACUUUUGUUCUCCAUGAAGAUAACUCACCUUGGGACCUCCAUGUGAUGUGAUGACAUAGUGAUGACAUAGUGCAAUGUGUGAUUCUUAAUAAGGUAUCUAAAUCUGAAACAACAUUUAAAGGCUUGAAGCACAAAUGUAGACCUGCAAAGAAGAGAAAACUCACAUGUAAUGCACCAGGCACUUUACAUUUUAUAUCAGUCAGUGAUCUCAGCCACAACAACAGAAUGCAACUCUGGCUGGAAAUAAAUUUCUAGACACUAUCAACAGCUUAUAGAUUCUCCAGGAGGGAAAAAAAAAAAAACAGUUUGAAGCCUCUUAGCUAAGAACAACACCCAAAAUUACUCCACAGACUGGUCAGGUAGAGAAGUUGUUCUCGCCCUGAGGACACCAGGCUGUUGCUUUGUCACUGCCAGGUGCAGCCACUAUUGUGUCUGGGAAUAGAAGUACAGUAGUCUCCCAACACUUCUCUGUGAAGGAUACAUUCUAAGACCCCCAAUGGAUGCCUGAA